AUGACCGAUUUAAUUCACCUAAAAGCAUUUACGUUAUCUCAAACUUACUUUACAGAUCCAAAAUCGUCUUCUGAUGAAAAAGAUAAACUUAUUCUAACUGAUGCAGUAGAGGGAAAAGUCGUUACACGCUUCCCGCCUGAAGCUAGCGGUUUCUUGCACAUUGGGCAUACGAAAGCUGCUCUCAUUAACCGCAUGCUUGCAGACAAAUACAAGGGAAAAAUGAUUUUCCGCUUUGAUGAUACCAAUCCUGCUAAGGAAAACGAAGACUAUGAAGAAGCUAUUAAGCAGGACUUAAAAUCGUUGAGCAUAUCUUAUGACAGUGGACCAACGUACUCUUCUGAUUACAUAGAUUUAAUGUGUGAAAAAGCUGUGGAUCUUAUUAAGAGAGGCUUGGCUUAUUGUGAUAAAACAUCACGUGAGGAGAUGCAAAAGUGUCGAUUCGACGGAAUUGCUACCGCGUUUCGUGGUAAUUCAAUUGAAGAAAAUUUGAGGCUAUGGAACGAAAUGUGCCUUGCCACCGAAGAAGGACUUGAAACGUGUUUAAGAGCAAAAAUUUCAGUUACAGAUCCUAACAAGGCCAUGCGUGACCCAGUCAUGUUCCGCGUGAAUUUAACACCUCAUGUGCGUCAAGGUACCAACUACAAAGUUUAUCCUACCUAUGAUUUCUGCUGCCCCAUUAUUGAUUCCAUUGAGGAUGUAACUCAUGCCCUUCGGACAAACGAAUAUCAUGAUCGUAAUGCGCAAUACUAUUGGUUCUGCGAUGUCAUGAACUUACGUAAACCUAUCAUCGAGGACUUUUCGCGUCUGAACAUGGAAUACACAGUAAUGUCUAAGCGUAAAUUAACCCAAUUGGUUAACAAUGGCGUGGUUGAUGGUUGGGAUGAUCCUCGGUUUCCUACACUUCGUGCUUUACUAAGGCGUGGUAUGCAAGUUGAAGCGCUCCGCCGCUUCGUAGCCGACCAAGGGAUGUCCAAAACCGUUAAUUUCAUGGAGUGGUCGAAGAUUUGGUUCUAUAACACUCAGAUUAUUGACCCUAUCAGUCCUCGUUACACAGUUGUUUCGAAUGAUCUGAAGGUCCGUUGCGUUGUCCAAGACCAAAAACAUAUGGAGGAAUGCAAGAAGCCUCUUCACAAGAAAAACUUAAAUCUCGGUGAAAAGAUCUUUUAUAAAUCGGACGUAAUUUUCUUAGACGCAGAGGAUGUUGCUCUUCUAAAUGAGGGCGAAGAAAUUACUCUCGUGGAUUGGGGCAAUGCAUUCGUAAAGAGCAUUAAAAGGUCAUCUCUCAGUGAUUUGGCGACAGAAGCUGCCAUUUUGCUCAAUCCAUCGGGUGAUGUGAAAACAACUAAGCAUAAGUUGACAUGGGUCCCCGAGAAUCCGAGAUCGGUUAUUAUCACCCUUAGGGAAUAUGAUCAUUUGCUUACAAAGAAAAAACCUGAUCCAGAGGAAAAGUUCGAGGACCUUAUUGCACCCGUCUCAAUUUAUACUCAGAAUGUGCUCGGGGAGGAGUCACUUUCAUCCCUUAAGAAAGGCGAUGUCAUUCAACUGGAGCGCCGUGGCUACUAUAUUGUUGAUGAUAACAAUACAAUCCCCAAAAUUCUAAUCAACAUUCCUGAAGGUCGUGACAAGGUCAACCAUUUGUCUGCCAAAGCGCAGUGCAUGAAGACACUCCCCCGAAAAGCUACAGCAGCUGAAGAGUUAGCGGCCAAGAAGGCAGCCAAAGCUGCGAAAAAAGCGUCUCAAAGAGACUCUGCAAAGAAGUAA